GUCUAACAGUACCCAUAAAAACUACACACAGAAUUGUAUAAAUAACAGCGAGUUUGAUGCCAUGAUUUAAACCAUUAAACCUUCGGGAAACAACCAGGUCACUGAUUAUAAUAAUAGCGACUAUAAAACCGCGACGUUUGUCCAAAAGCAGCAGCAGAGGACCCAAAAUUUGGGGGCACCUUUAAUGGCUCCUGAUGAAGGUGUGCAGGUAAUACUUUGAGAGCCCCGUAAGACGCCAUGUCUGAAGAGGCAAUUUCAGAAAGUGACCUGGAGGCCAGCCUUAACAGUGAAGAGGAGUAUUUAGAAAAUGAGGAAGAGGAAGACAAUGAAGACAUGGAGGAAGAUGAGGAUGAAAAUGAUGGAGAUGAUGAAGACGACAGUGUUGAUCGACCUGCGAGUGCCCAGAGCCGGACAGAAACGGGUCAGGAUGACAGGGACUCCACCUCAGCUACCUCUGGAGAGCCUUCCUCCGAGCCUCCAUCUCAGCCUGCAUCCCGCCCAUCCUCUAGGGCCCCUUCCAGACCUGCCUCUCGUUCUCCAACAAGCCCAGAGAACUCGAGCAAGAGUGGGCCACCUUCUAGCAAAACAAAGAAACAGAAAGCCUGUAAACUGAACAAAUCCUCAAAGUCUCUGAAAGGCUCCAAACCUUCAAAGCCAUCUAAGCCUGCACACAUGAGGAAGAAUAUCAGAAAGCUGCUGAAAGAGGAUCAGCUAGAGGCUGGAACCAAGGCUGCUCAGCAGGAAGAGAUGGAGAGGCGGAAACGUCUGGAGCAGCAGAGGAAGGACUUUCCUACACCAGCUCCAGCUGUCCCAGACUCUCAACUAGCAGUGGAGACUGCUUCAAUUUUAGGAGAAGUGUCUCACUUAGUCCCUGGUCUCCUGGGCAAGCAGGAUGUGAUCUGUCUGGACAGCAGUGGUGAAGAAGAUGAAAAAGCGGAGCCUACGUUGCCCGGACUUCCCAUUAGAGAUGAUGUAAUUGAGCUCAGUUCUGGGGAUGAAGACGCCCUGCAGAUAAGCAGUGAGUCGGCUGAUGAGGAUCCUGAUGGUGCCCAUGGGACAGAGGAGAGUAGUGGAGCACACAUCAACGAUGAUCUGAACCUGCCUGAUGUUCAAGGUCGAGUGCUGGUUAAUAUCAAUCACCCUGCAGAGGAGAAAGACAUUUUCCUCGCCCCACAGCUGGCCAGGGCUGUCAAACCUCAUCAGAUCGGGGGAAUCCGGUUUCUCUAUGAUAACCUCAUUGAGUCUCUGGAGCGCUAUAAUACCAGCAGUGGCUUUGGCUGCAUCCUUGCUCACAGCAUGGGGCUGGGCAAAACAUUGCAAGUCAUUUCCUUUAUUGACAUCCUGCUGAGGAACACUGAGGCCCACACUGUGCUUGCUAUUGUCCCUGUGAACACACUUCAGAACUGGCUAACAGAGUUUAAUCUCUGGCUCCCACCUCAAGAAGCCCUCCCCCCUGACACCGACCCCACAUUCGUCACUGGCCGCACAUUCAAAGUUCACAUUCUCAAUGAUGAGCACAAAACAACGCUGGCCAGGGCCAAGGUUGUGGAGGAGUGGUCUAGAGAUGGAGGUGUGUUGCUCAUGGGUUAUGAAAUGUACCGGCUGCUGUCCAUGAAGAAGAGCUUUGUGAUGGGCAAGAAGAGGAAAUCAAAGAAGCCUGCCGGACCAAUCAUCAUUGACCUGGAUGAGGAAGACAGACAGCAAGAGCUCAUGAAAAGUAUUGAGAAGGCCAUAGCAAGGCCCGGCCCAGACGUAGUGAUCUGUGAUGAGGGCCAUCGCAUUAAGAACUACCACGCCAGCACAUCCCAGGCCCUAAAGAACAUCCGGUCCAGACGCAGGGUAGUUCUGACAGGUUACCCCCUGCAGAACAACCUUAUCGAAUACUGGUGCAUGGUGGACUUUGUCAGGCCUGACUUUUUAGGCACACGCCAGGAAUUCAGCAACAUGUUUGAGCGUCCAAUCCUAAAUGGUCAGUGUGUGGACAGCACUCCUCAAGAUGUUCGCUUGAUGCGCUACCGCAGUCACGUGUUGCAUAGCCUGUUGGAGGGCUUCGUCCAGCGACGAGGUCAUGAUGUGUUGCGAGACCAGCUUCCUACCAAGGAGGAGCAUGUGAUCCUGGUACGGCUCUCCCCCAUUCAGAGGGCACUCUAUACCGAGUUUAUGAAACGCUUUCGAGAAGCAGGGAACACGGGCUGGCUCGGCCUCAAUCCACUCAAAGCUUUCUGUGUUUGCUGCAAGAUCUGGAAUCACCCAGACGUCCUCUAUGAAGCCCUGCAGAAAGAGAAUCAGGCCAACGAGCAGGACCUAGACCUCGAUGACAUCACUUCAGCUAGUAACCCUCGCUGCCCUGCACCCGGUGCUGGCCUCAAAUCCAAAGUAGCAGACUCAAGCAACAGUAAAGUCAACAGCACCCUGCCACCACUCAAUUCCUCUCAGGACAGAGCCAAUCAAGUCAUCACAUAUGAAUGGGCAAAGGACAUAAUGUCCAACUAUCAGAGAGGAGUUCUUGAGAACUCUGCCAAGAUGGUUCUGCUCUUCCACUUGAUUGAUGAGAGUGUGAGGAGAAGAGACAAGAUUUUGGUCUUUAGCCAAAGCUUGUCCACCUUGACGGUCAUUGAGGACUUCUUAUCAAAGAGACCCAUGCCGCAGGGCAUUGCCUCCACUGAUGGCCAGAGCCAAAACUGGGUUCGCAACCUCAAUUACUACAGACUGGAUGGGAGUACAUCUGCCUCAGAAAGGGAGCGGCUUAUUAAUCAGUUUAAUGACACAGAAAACCGCUCAACAUGGGUCUUCCUGCUUUCUACCAGAGCGGGCUGUUUGGGGGUAAAUUUGAUUGGAGCAAAUCGCGUCGUCGUGUUUGAUGCAUCGUGGAACCCCUGUCAUGAUGCCCAGGCUGUGUGUAGGGUUUACCGAUAUGGUCAGAGAAAGCCCUGCCACAUUUACCGCCUCGUCUGUGACUUUACCUUGGAGAAAAAGAUCUACGACAGACAAGUCUCCAAACAGGGCAUGUCAGACCGCGUGGUUGAUGACCUGAACCCAGUGCUUAACUUUACUCGUAAGGAGGUGGAGUCGCUGCUGCACUUUGUUGAGGAGGAGCCUGAAGCUGAGAAGAUCCUUCUAGAAUCCCUGGCAAUAUAUGAGCCAGUGAUAUCUCAAGCUUGUCAGCUUUAUCCACAUCUCAUCACAAAGCUACCUUUCCACCACGAGUCUCUGCUGGUGGACCGGAAAGAGUCGAAACUGACCAAAGCAGAGAAGAGAGCUGCUAAGAAGAGCUACGAGGAUGAGAAACGAGCCUCUGUACCUUAUUCCCGUCCAUCAUAUGCCCCCUAUUACCCAACCAGUGAUUAUCCGCUCACAAACAUGCCAGCAUUUAGCCAGCGUGGAUGGCGUCCCAUGACACGGCCAGAUGACAAGCCCGUGGCAAGUGUCAGGCCAAUUCAGUCAACACCAAUACCCAUGAUGCCUCGCCAGGUUGGCAUGGGCAUGGUUGGCUCCGGCUCUCCCGGCAGUCUCCCUGUCAACUUUCUCCAGAAAGCUGGUGUUUACGUGCAGAGGAUUGUCACCACAACAGAUAUAGUAAUCCCAGGAGCCAACAGCUCAACAGAUGUUCAAGCUCGAAUCAGCGCAGGAGAGAGCAUCCAUGUUAUCAGAGGAUCUAAAGCAGGUACCUACAUCAGAACAAACGAUGGACGAAUAUUUGCCAUUCGAUCUGGAAAGAUCAGUCGACCUGUAGCCGGGGGUUCUGCUGCUUCAAGAGACACCCAGGGUUCGGGGAUCCGACCAGUCAGUAAUGGCUGUUCUUCCCCUGUGGAUCAAAACCAACGUUCCCCCAACGGCGAGCAGCGACCCUCUUCUCCCUUAGGCACUGAGAUUCUCAGAGAGCUCAGCCAUUACACCUCAUCCACAGGCGACGCUGCUGCUGCUGCUGCUGCUGCUGGAGCAGGGAACGAUUUGGCGUCGCCGUCAGACAUGUCAUCUGUGCCGUCGGGAGAUGGAAACGCUUCACAAAACUAUCAGGCCCGCGAUCUCAGUAGGCUCGGUGACGACCUCCUGAGUUCAUCUUUAGAGAUGCGAGGCACCAAACGCAAGAGUACUGAAAGUCAGGGAAACGCACAAAUGGGAGACAAAUGUACUUCUGCUGCAGCUCAUUUCCCUGCGCUUUCAGGUGGGCUCAGUUUUCCUCCAGUGGGUCUGAACUCUUCAUCCCUACUUGGGAACCUUGGUCACCCACUUAGUCACCCACUUCUAAUGGCUGGUAGUGGUGGAUCAUCAUUCCUACAAACACCAGGACAAACACUGGCUGACCUACAGACCAUAUUUCCCUCUGCAGGCACAGACCUACUGAGACAACCUGCCACAGGGAACGGGCACCUUCCCACCCCUUCCUCUUCCUCUCUGUCCCCUAUUUUCUCCUCUGCCUCUACCACCAUUCCUAUGUCAUCUACAUCCUCAGCAGCAACUUCUUCCUCCCUACCAUCUGGUUCUCUGCCUCGGUACUUGAUGAACCCCAACAUGGCUGGCCUGCUUUCACCAAGGUUCCCCCUCAGCUUCGGUCAGCCAUUGCUCUCUGAGCCGAGGCUGUUCUCCACGCCUCUUCUCUCAGGGUCAGGGGGGUUUUCUGCACCCAACUCCAGCUCGGCUACAUCCAGCUUCCUGUCCCACUUCAACAAUCCCACUUCCAGCCUGUUGGGGGCAGCUCUGACCCAACCAGACAGACAUCAAAGUACAGAGAAUGGCGGUGACAGUUCAGAUGAUGAUGUUAUUGAGGUGACAGGCCAGUAAGUCAGGAGUCUCAGAAAGUACUGGCAAGGCAGUUACACGCAUACACACCUGUUUAACCUAAAGUGCAUUAGGAAUGGGAAUAUUUAAAUCUUUUAUGCAACUAAAUCAACUAAAUUCUGUUGUACCCCUCAAAGUUGCGUGCUAUUUUCUGAAUUUGAAUUUGCUCUCAGAAUGCAAAUGAAUUAAAGAGAAAAAAGUGCAACUUGAUUAGAUUGAAAUGCAUAAAUAAUAAAACUUCUCAGGAAGCAUUUAUGUUAAUCCUGAACCUCUUAAAUAGAAUGAAGUUACCUGCUUUGACUUUAUUUGGCAGUGUUUCACUUAUGACGUCAUAAGUGAAACACAUCUGAAUUCCCAUUUCUAAUGAUGUCAUUAAACAUCACACAUCAGGACGUUCACAAACAGCUCAUACCUUAUUGACUUUCCAGAGUCAAGAGUUACAAAAUCCUCAUGCUGACUGUCCCAGGUUGUUGAGCUGGAGCAGCAGAGCAGUGGGAACAGACCUUUGUCAUAUGGGGACCAGCCGAAUCUUUCAGGGAGGCAAAACAGCCUCUUUGUGCUACGUUUUUAAGCGAGGCUACGCGUACAGUUUUCUUUCCUCUGACUUUAAAUGAAAGUGAUUUGAAACUUCUUCUUUUUUUCAUGGCCAGUUUCUUAUUAAAAAGUGUAACAAAACUGGAACGCUACAUGCCACAAUAAUGAAUAACUCACAGUAGCUAAUGGGUGGGGGGAUUGUGAAAAUCCCCAAUAUAUUGAGAGAUGAUCCUUCAAGGCUCACCUUUAACAACAGGAAUUUUAGGCUUUCAAGCAUAUUUUAGUCUUUAGCAGUUUGAUAGACAUUGUAGCUCCCCUGUUAAAGGAUAUGUGUGAUACUAUAAUUGAACAUGUUGAUACUUUGUAAAUAAACAGUCAUUAUCAUUGUUUAUAUUGCAAGUCAAUACUGUGCAGUGUGUAGAUUUUGGUUGUAAGGAAAUGGUUUAUUAAUAUGGUGACAGUCAUCAUGAUAAACCCACCCUGAGGAUGCUGGGGAAGCAAAUUUCUGUUUAACUUUGUAUUUUUUUUUCCCUUAAAAUUAAAAUGAAUGUACUAUCAUGCUAGCCUUUGAUAACACAGGGGCAGGGACAUGGAUUUGGACUGUGUUCUUUCAUUUUUAGCCUUAAAUAAACACAGAGGGGUCUUCAGUCUUAGCAUUUAUCUUAUUUUUUACAAAUCUGUCCUACUGACAUUUAGACCCUCGGCGGCAAACUGAAAACACAAAUUUAAGGUAGAUUUUGACUCAAAGCCAAAAGGAGCUCAAACCAAGGUUUAAUGUUGCUAGCUUAUUUGCAGAAGCCUGUCAUUUCUCCUCCAUUACAGUUCUUACUGAAGUGUCCCCACCAUUUUGUUCAUGACUACUCCGUGAGCUUACACUCAACAUGUAAUCUCAGCUGCAGUAACUGUAUUAGGGUUUUUCUUUCUGAGAACAAAUGUUACCUGAGCUAUAGAAACCAUUGCAUUCAUGCAGCCUGAGAGCAUCAAAAUGUCGCUAAUGUAGCCACCAACCAUCAAAUUAGAUGUAACUACCCUUUCGGUACAACCACCUGUGACUGUGGCAGAACCGGGUCAGGUGAUAUGGUGGCCUUACAAAACUGACAGUGCCAUAAUGUGGUAGCUUUUCACCUCAGUGCAGUGCAGUGUAAGUAGCUUCUGUCAGUAGUGUCAGUCAGUGUAGAUAUGCGGUGCUUUAGGGAGUUUGGGUCUUCACUGUUCUCUGUAGCCUUGUGUUUCUGUGUUAUCAUGUCACCUUGAGCUAAUUAGUUUUAGGAAAGUCGCUUUCCUCUGUUGGUAAACUAGGCUAGAUGCUUAUUAGCCUUUAGAGACACUGGAUAACCUGAGACAACAGAUCAUUCCCUGUUGAGUUACGUUACUCGUAUGCGUUUUAUUCUGGGGACCUUCUCUCUCCCCUGUUGAGUACUGUUCUUUUUUAUUUGCUGCAGGUUUCCUCUGUCAGCUUGGAUACUUCUAUUUUUUUCUCCCCCUCCAGUUUUUCUUGAACACAUCUUAGGAACUUGUGAUUUGGUUUGUUUCCAAUUUGAAGGUAAAGCUAGCACUUUGUAAAAGGACCAUAUCUGCUGGUGAGCUGUACAAGGUACAAAAUAACGACCCCGUGUCUUUGUUACGUCUUCUCGAUCAGUUGGAAACGCUUUACAUCUUUUGUUCUUUGGAAUAUUUCAUUCAUUUACAAAAAAAAAAAAAUCUUUGGUGUUCACCUGGCAGUCGUGUCCCUCAUUACAGUCUAAAUAUCUGAAAUGUAUUUAUUUAUGAUGGAAAAUGUUGUUUUUGUAAUUACAUUUUUUAACUUUUUUUUUUCGAUUUGUCCCAUUAAUGGCUGCUCUAGUAAGAGUUUCAUACAUGCAGCCUAAACCGAAGCAAAAUAUGACUGUGUUAUCAAUGUUAUUUUAACAAUAAAACACUCUUCUAUUGCAGUGUCAAUCAUACACAAAUACAUUUAUUUUAAAUGCCAUGAUGUAUCCAAACGUGACUGUACAAAUAAUCAGAAAUGACAGGAUCACCAGUAACCUGAGAAGAGGUCAACAUUAUUUCAAUGUUAGGUCAAUAUACACUAUAUUAUGGGCUUUUAACCCCCCACCCCCCAAAAAAUAAUCCUAACCCAUUAGAUUUAAGUCCUUUUUUUUUAAUGCCGUUUGUUCAGUCGUCAGCAAGACUGAGCGAAACCGAAUUCUGUUAGCCUCGGAGGAGAGGUGGAGCAUGGAUAAAAGAAGAUCCUAUUACAUUUUUGUGUAAAUCCUGAUGGGGUUUUUUUUCUUUAAAAUUGUAAGACAGGACAUUGGCCUGGGCAGAGGAAAUGCUCUCUUGGGUAUAUUUAAAUCAGAUGGCGCUCAAGUAACAUGUCAAGCAAGAGACUGAAGCAGCAGUUGGCAGCUCUAAUUACAGCCUGACUGAUUUAUCGGCUAACCAGUAUUAUUGUCCAAUAUUAGGUAUUUGCUAAUCUAUAAAUGAAUGAAAA